CAUCAGUGUCACACAAACAUCAGAACGUGAUUCGUUUGUUUCACAUAGAAAACGAAAAUUUCAUAUCCACCAUUCUGUAAAGAAAAAUAACUUAUGUAGUCAUUAGUGUAACCAAGGCAGGCUGAAUUGCCAUUUCACAACCAUAGGUUAGAGAAGUGUGUAUAAAUGAGACUUUUGGUGUUAAUUUUGCUGACGGUGUCGGUGUGGGGCUUCCCGGAGCGAAGGGUAGAGAAGGGACUACAGGUGGCACAGGAGAGGAGUGACACGAGGGUGCGGGAGGCGCCGAGGGAUUGCAAAGGGAAGUGCGCCACCAGUAUAGCACAGAAGGCGGCUGCAGAGGCUAAAGCCGCCCAGGCGGCACAAAACGCGGCCGGGGCCCAGGCCGCUCAUAUGGUAAAAACACAACUAGCAGAGAAAGCGCUUCAAGCAGCUAAGGCAGCGGAGGCAGCGCUCGCCGGCAAACAAGCUGUAGUAGAACAGCUGCAGCAAGAGGUGAAGGAGGCUGAGGCUGUCGUCGCUGAGAACACGGCCGCUGUGCAUCAGCAGCAGGGGACUGUCAAUGCUGCUGUAGCGGCUGCGCAGCAAUCUACAGCUCAGCACAAGCUAAUGGUUCAAGCAACGCAACUUGCGGCCCAGCUGGAGAAGUCAGCGCACUGCGUACUAGAGAAGACGAAGUUCGGCCUCCAAGAGAAGUGCCACAACCUCUCGGAGGCGAGGGCGAGGCUGGCGCACCUCCAGCACAAACUGCAGUGUGCGUGCGCAGAAUGUUCAGCCACAAAGCAAGCAGCGCACUGCGCCUGUGAAGCGGCGCGGGCGGCUUGUGGCAACGCCAGGCGGAAGAAACACAUCAUCAGCCAAAACGCACUCGCUCUUAAAGAUCCAAAGCGGGCUCGAUGAUGGAAUUUACGAGGAAAGUAUAAACGAUGUGCAAUUUACGAUAAAAGCCGGACCGGUUCGAACGUUUCUAAAACAUUCCCAAAACUCGUCGCGAACGGAAACACAUUAUCUGUUUUUGGAAUAAAAUGUAUGAAUGAUGGUGACUUUCUAUGCUUUGUGUGGGUAGAUGGCAUGCAACUGAUUUACAUAUUUUUGAAUUUCUGAGUCACUAUUGCUCUUUUAAAAACUCGUUUGCUAGAAGCCAGACUAAUUAUUCUAUUUCGAGUUAUUAUGGUGUGAUUUGAAUGUUGUUUAGUCGUGAGCUAAAUUUAGAAACUUUUGCAAUUUUGUGAUCAAGACAAGCCAUUCCAGAUUAUCAUUAGUUAUAAAUAUCGACCGAGAUGUUAUUUUAAAACUAAUAUUGCAAACAGAUGGUGUGUUUUAGUUUAAUGACAAUGUAUAUUAAUUCGAUGUACCAGAUUCAAUGUUAGUAAUUCACAUACCAUUAAAACAACAAUAAGAAUGUGUGGAUAAAGGUGUGGGUAACUUUUGGAGUGUUUCGCUUUACUGUAGUUUUGUAGUAUAAUUGUUAAGACUUGGAGUCGUGUAAGCUUUUGAUAUAAGUUGUUUAAGUUUGUUGAUUAUAAUAUAGUGAUCAUGA